GAAAGUUCAUCGAUAUAUAUUUUGUUCUGUAAAUAUCUUUAAUAUUACACAUCAAGCUCAGACAGACAAACCCGGUCAAGAAAUGUUAAAAAUAAAUCUCUGCUAACCAAUAAAAAUCGGCUGGAUUAAGGAAUCUCACCCUUUACGUAAUACCAUGACAGAAUUUUACGAAGCCUUUCGGACUUAGAAUCGUGACUCUCCGGAGUACCAUGGAAACCGAAUCUAACGCUGGGAGAUACCAGGUGGCUGUUAAGUUUAUAUUGAAGGCAGUGACAGAGUACUGCGAGUAUACAUUGUCUCGUUAAAAACGGCAAUGUCUAGAGAACAGGAGAAAGACUUGAACGUAUUUCUGAAACAAGUGGACAAAGUUUCUGAACUUGUUCAGAGACUAAAUUCAGAUGAUGCAGUCAUUCGAGAGGAAGCUUUGAAUGAAGCAGACAGAAUAAUAUCAGCUACUAAUGAUAAUGAUGAAGUAGAAGGGACUAGAACUAAAGUGAACAGAACUCUUACAAACACUAACGUAGGACUGCAAGGCAAAGCACUUUACCAGGAUGUCCAAGAAAAUCCAAAUACUAGUCAAGAUUAUUUACUAGCACUUCUGGAGAAGGAUGCACGAGACAGAGCCAAGAAAAGAAAAGAAAAUAAAAAACUGGCAAACGCACUGAAAAGGGCUGGGAAUGAAGCAUUUGCUAAAGAAGAUUAUGAAUUGGCAAUCAAGUAUUACACUGAAGGUUUAGAGAAAAUCAGAGACAUGCAGAGUUUGUACACCAACAGAGCACAGGCAUAUAUUAAGUUGGAUAAGUAUGAAGAAGCACUGAAUGACUGCAAGUGGGCACUGAAGUGCAAUGAAAAAUGCAUUAAAGCAUAUGCCCACAUGGGAAGAGCAAAUGUUGGACUUCGAAAUUACACUAAGGCUAGACACUGCUAUGGAAAGAUGCUAGAAAUUGAUCCAAAAUGUAAAGACAUUUUCAAAGAGUACAUGGAUCAAGCAGAUGUAGCAGAAAGAACUGCACUUCAUGAUGAAAAGGCAUGGAGAGAGCUUCAUCAAGGGGAGGAAACUGCUUGUACUGUGAAAGAAUUGCUUCAGAAGUUAGCUGCACCCAGUCAGCUUCCUAUUUAUUAUGCAGGCGGAAUAAGGCUUUUAACUUCAUUGAUUGAAGACUGUACGGAACAAGCCUUAUUUAGAACCAUCAAUGGAUUCAGUAUCAUAUGUGACAAUGUGAUCAUUCAGAGAUGUCUGCAAGUGUCAUUGAGUGAUCCACUGGAGGUUGACCUUUGUGCUGCUAUACUACAUCUUUGGCUAGUUGUAUGCAAAGGGAAUGAGGAAAACCAGAGGUUGUUGAUAACACACCGUAAUGUGAAGCAGCAGCUAGUUGAGCUACUGUUAUCAAAUGCUCCAGAAAUUCAGAGAAAAUGUGUUUCGCUAAUGUACCAGUAUUCUGAAACAGAAUUUGGAAGGCGGUUGCUCCUUAAUGAACUGGAUACAGUGAGGUUAUUGCAGGUGCUGCUGGACCUCAUGGAGCGAUCUGAUGUAGCAGCCACCAAGACAUCAGCAGUAGUUCUUCGAAACCUCACCAUGGAGCCAAAGUUAAGGAAGCUUAUUAGACCCACAUUUUCAUCAGAUGUAUUGCCUGCAUUUACAAGUUUGUUGAACAACUUGCGGCUUGUCAACCAAUCAGUUAUUUCCACGAUUAUUGCUGCCGUCGGAGACAUUGUACAAGAUGAGAGCAUUAGGCAAGAGCUAUCCAAAAGCAGACAGCUUUGGGAAGGUUUCUUUGCUGCAGUGGAUGAAUAUCUGCAACUUAACAGUGAUGAAUAUCGAGACAUAUUGUACACAUUGCUUGGCUUAAUGGUGAACUUAUCUGUGGAGUCAAACUGCACCAUACCGGAUAUUGCAUUAGGUGCUACAAUUAGGUGCCUUUCCCUGCUGAAAAGUACUGAUGGUGGGAUUCUAACUCGAACAGUGGGACUUCUUAGCCAUGUUCUCUUGCAUUCUUCAACUGCAGUAGAAGAGGCAAUCAGAGGAGGUGUAGUGAAGAAAAUGAUCAAGUUUUUGAAGGUGGGUGGGCCAUCAACGACACGUUAUGCUGUGAGGACACUGGCCAUCUGCACUCAGAAAAGCCAGCAGGCCUGUGAAGAAACAGUGAGGUCCGAUAAAAAGUUCUCGGUCUUUAUGAAAUUGCUGUUGUCCGAGGAUGAAGUUGUUGUGGGGAACACUGCCCUCUGUCUUGGUCACUGCAUGUCUGUUCCAGGAGCUGCUUCAUCUUUGCUGAAUACAGAUAUACUGAAGUUGUUACUGAAAAAUGCAGGAGGGGAUGCAAAGAAGAAUGCAGUACAACAGAAUGCAGCUAUUGCUUUAGGAAAACUUUGUAAAGCUGAGACAAGGUACAUGGCACAACUCCGUGAACUUCAUGGAAUAGAAAUCUUAAACUCAUGCAUGAAAUACAUCAAGUAGUGGAUCUUCAAGUGUUUUUUUUCUCAUAUGUAGACAUCAGCCAAACUCUACAGCUUCUCACAAUGAAGACUUGCUUCUUCUGAUUCUGAACUGUGCUGCUGGCGAGUACUUGAUAAACUUGCAGUGGCAGGCUGAAUUUGGAAAGAGUUACAGACAUUUAUCACCAUGAGAUGCUCAGUUAUAAUGAACUACUGUAUAAGCCAGUAUGCUGUUUGACCACAUAAAGGCUGGUCAGUGUUUGAGAGUCUUGAGAAGGUCAAAUAAAAUUAUACUGUUAAGUAUGAAUACCAUCGGCUUGUUUAGCAAGAGAUAAGUGUUUAACCACAGUCUUGUCUUUGUUAUUUUAUUUAAUUCUUCAUAUGCUGCAAUAAAUGUACAUUGCUUUUC